CUGUUAUCCUGAAGUUUUUUGCUACGCUUCAUUUUUAUGCUACUGGCACUUACCAAAGAGUGAUAGGCAGGAGCUAUGACAUUUCAAUGUUUCAGCAGAGCAUUUCAAGGGCUAUUCAUGAAAUAACUAAUGCUAUUAUCAGUACAUUUUCUGAACAACUGGUACACUUUCCAAGAACAGCAUUAGAAAAACAUGUAAUUAAGCAAAGGUUCAUGGAAGCAAGAGGUUUCCCUGGGGUAAUCGGAGCAAUUGGUUACACACAUGUGGACAUACUAAGGCCAACUUUGGAAGAGCAUAACUAUUUGAACAGAAAGGGUUACCAUUCCAAAAAUAUACAAAUUGUUUGUGAUCAUGAUCUAAAAAUUCUUAAUAUCAAUGCCAGGUUUGCAGGUGCAUCUCAUGAUUCAAAUAUAUGGAGAAAUUUAUUGGUGAGGAAUGACUUGGAAGCUUGCUAUCAUGGAGGUAUGCUCACAGUGUUAUUUGGUAUUUCAUAAUCAAGGAACUUAUUGCAUAUACAUAUAUGAAAUAUGCACAAAAGCAAUUGUUGAUUGAUAUUCCUUUUUGUAACAUUCAC